UCUGCGCAGGUUUCAGUUUAUCGCUAGAUCGGUUUUUGCUGUAAAGUAAUGCCUGUCAGUAAGGACUUUUUAAUCGCUGUUUGUGUUGCGUUUGUUGCAGGUUUUCUCUAUAUACAGGAGAGGCAAAUUCAUGAUUUGUAUACAGAAUUUCGACAAGAAGUGAACUCUAUGAAAUUAACACACAAGGAUGAAAUCCAUGCUUUAGAACUGAAAUUUUUCGAUUACUAUAAACAAGAUGAAGUUCAACGAGCACUGUCAGGCAUCGAGAGGAAUCUGGAUGAAAAGACGACGAUGAUGAACGAAAUUAUGGCGAAUACUACCCGGGAAAUUUUGAAUCAAAUAGGUGACAUCAAAAACAAAUUAGGAGAACCUGUUGCAUUCUUCUCCAGAAUAAGUCAGCACCACUAUGAUUUACCACCAGGAACGAUAAUAAAAUUCGAUGACGCCAAAUUAAACAUUGGUGAGGGAUUCAGUUCUUCCAGUGGGAAAUUCCAAGCUCCGGAACAAGGGUUGUACUUCUUCACGUGGAAUUACCUCAUACGAACCGGAACUAAUGCGUACAUUGGGGCGUACGUUAGCGGAAAGCAAGAGGUGGAUACGUGCACGUAUGCUAGCUUUAAUUCACAUAUUUUGGCAUCCGGUUCGCUUGUGGUGAAACUGAAGACGGGCGAUGAAGUUUGGUUACAAGUUUUCUACAAACAGGCCGAUUUCUUGCAUUCCACGUACACAUUCUUUACGGGGCAUAAAAUAAUAGCAAUGCUAUAACCAAGAGCAUAUCAUAGCAUAGGUGGUAAUCAAGCAUAGCAUAGCUGGUAAUCAGAGAAGAAACUUGUUCUGCCUCAUAUAUGGAAUCCAAAUAAACGGGAGUACAUAUUGGUAGAGAGUACAUCUGGAAUGAAACGUGCGUAGCUUGGAGAAUAUCGCAUGGUGUACAGCAACACCGAUUCGAGCAACGUUUCGAGUGCAUUUAUGUGUUAAUGCUUUGCAUAUCGAUAAAUGCAAAAUUCGAUAUUACUCUCUUCGUGUUCUCUUUAAAGCAAUGAAGUUUAAAACUUCAAAUAAUGGAAUGGUAUUUUGCAUAUAUAUGCAUUUAAGUAAGUUCUCAUUUUAUUUAUACAGGAAAUACAAACAGAAUGAAAAGAUAAA